AUAAAUUAUUUACGUCACAAAAGCCAUGGGUAUUCCCGGCAAAUAACGAGGAAGUUUAGAUAAGGGGCGAACAACCUCACUGACGACCCAGAUCCUCCACUCACCGAUAUUUCCCAUCGGAAACACUGUAUUCUCGGACAUAGGGAGCCAUGGGCAGAUUUUAACUAACGGCUUUGUGGAUACAACUCUCGUGUAUGGAUUGUUUCUUCGUGUUACUGAAUGGAAUCUUUUAUUUAAAUGACAGGUAAUGAAUUUCAUAGUACCCUGUUUACUGAUGGAUUAAAUCUGUGAAUAUCUGACUAUACAUCGCAAUAAAAAUGUCGAUCACAUCGGAACAGUUGAUUGUCGAGGGAAAAAAUGUCCCUCUUCACGCCCUUAACAUGUCCGUCAGAUCAAAACUAGGAACUUACCUAGAUCCGGAGGGUUUUGUAACGGGAGACUACUCCAACGAUUACCAAGGGCUGGCCGAGGUUAUCGGUUUCACUUUCCAAGACAUUACAAACUUCCAGAGACAGAGUAAACCGACUCAGGAGAUGCUCUAUCAAUGGGGAACGAGACCAGAACUUUCACCAACGGUCGACAAUCUCAUAAAACAUUUGCAGACGAUAGGGAGAUCAGAUGACGUUAUAACAGAAUGCGCCCAUUUGAUAAAGAAAGAUGUGGAUCGAUAUAAGCAAUGCCACAAAGACAUUACGGGCUCAAAAGAUAUGAUUCAGGACCCUAGUGUUUCUCAAGGACCAAACCGACCGUCCUGUGACUAUGUUCCCGAGAGUGACAAGUUAGGUCUAGUCACCAUUGAUGACGUCAAAGAGAAAGGUGACACGCUCUAUUACGACGCCUUUGUGAUAUACAACCCUGUGGGGAAGGACUUGGAGUUCGUGAAGGAGCUCGCGGGGAAAAUGGAGUCCCCGCCUUACAAUCUAAAAUUCUGCAUCCCCUGGAGAGACGAUCUGCCUGGAGGCUCUCGUUAUGAAGUCUCUGCCCACAUGAUUGCUACACGGUGUCGAAGAACACUGGUAAUCUUGUCUUCAGAUUUCUUAAAAAGUGCUGCGGCCGAUUUUCAGCUCAAAUUUGCCCACUGUUUGUCACCAGGUGCAAGGAGUAAAAAAGUGGUCCCCGUAUUUUCCGCUCCGUGUAAAAUGCCGGAUAUUCUUCGAGCAGUGUCUUUCGUUGAUUUCACGAACCCCGGAUUAAGAGACUGGAACUGGCCCCGCCUUAACGCUGUAUUACGGUGCCCCCUAAAUCCCGACCCCCGGGAUUACAUGAGUGAGGCCGAACUUGAAGAAUUAAAACUGAACGCUGGGGUGAUUACAAAGAGAAUGUGGUACUCCACUGGUGUCCUAACAAUGAACUUCCCUGAAGAAUCCGAGGACAACACUCCAUACAACGGCUGAGGGUGGCUAGUAGUUCUCGUGAAAUGUAUGGAGUAAUGCAACACAUUAAUCCCAUUGUAACGUUAUUGAAUACCGAGUUGAUAUAUCAACUUUGUAUAUUGCAACCUGAUCAAACCUAUUUUGUUAGGUUCUCCAAAAGACAUAUUAUUUGUAACAAUGUUUCAGAAAGAAAACAUUCGUAAUUAAAUUACGUCAUCGUGAAUUAACAAUUUUUCAUUUUUUAACUUCUUUAAAACUAUAUGGCCAUUUGUUACCAUUAUUGGAAUCUCAAGGGUAGAAGGAAUGUAGAUUGUGUAAUUUAAUAAUUUACCACUCGUAGGCCUCAUGGGCGGGGACAUAUAUGCAUAAUGACCAAAUGUUCAAAAAUCUUCUCUUCACCAACAAAUUUUGGAAAAUACUAAAUGCAUGGUUAAUAUGUCCAUGAAACUACUAAACUUGUGAAAUCCAUGACUCCUGGGGGCCAGGGGUUCAGGACCUAAGGUGUGGCCAAAUGACUAAUCCACACUUUAUAAAAGCUAUGUUCCUUGGACGCUAUCUUUGGGGGAAACGCGUAGAUUUCUCACAGUAGCCUUUUUAGUUUAAAGGUUUAUAACUUUGUCAUUUGACAUUAAAAAUCCGUUCCCGUUCCGUAAUUUGAUUGCCCCAAGAUUUUAAGAUUCCAAAAGAUUUUAUCACAGGACGCCCAAAAACUUGGGAAAAAGUUGGUUUUUCCCUUUUGACCUUUGGGUUGACCGGCAAAGGUAAACAACUUUUGCAAAGUGUGGAUUGGACUUUGUGGCCAUAUAUUGAAAAUGUAUUAAAUCUUAGAAAAUCUUCUUCCCUACUACAAUGUUUAUUUGAGAAAAACUAAAUGCCUGGUUAUAAUGUCCAUGAAGUCUUCUACUUAAAUUAUGAAAUUCAGAGCUCCUGGGUCGGGGUUCAGACGAAAGGGCAAUAGUGGGUUCCUAAUAGAUCGAAUAGUGAGUAUAUAGUCCCAACAUGUUCAAAGUCGUGUCAUUUACGAGGUUUUGUAGAAUGCUUCAUGAAAACGGUAAUUGGGUUGUCAUGAUUUCAUUUAUGAAAUUCAAAAUUACCGUUCAUAGCUGUUAAAAUAUGUGUUGCAAAUACUCAAUAAGAAAAAAAACUAAUCAUGGUUAAAUGACAUAAUGAAAUAUGUUCAAAUAAAAAUAAAAUAGGUUUUAUAAUUUGU